AUGUGUGGUCGAUGCGACUUUGACAGCGGUCUUUGUGGUCUGCGGCAUGACAACACUACGCGCAUGCGCUGGGACUUGGCGACUGGUAGAACUCCCAGUGGAGACACGGGUCCGUCAUUGGACCAUACUACGCAUUCUAACAAAGGCUCCUUUGUCUACAUCGAGGCGUCCCGCGUGGCUCUGGGAUCCAAGGCCUGGCUCUCGAGUGACUGGAUGGAUCCGGGGUCAGCGGUAUGCAUCCAGUUCUGGUAUCACAUGUAUGGAGAGCACGUGGACUCACUUAGCGUACUCGCCUUCACUAGAACUAACCAACAGGUCGUGUGGCGCAUGGCAGGGAAUAUGGGAGACCGCUGGAUUUUUGGUCAAACUGUGAUAGAUAUCAAAGGCGAAUUCAAGUUUGUUAUUGAGGGCAUACGGGGUGACGGUAAUCUGGGUGAUAUUGCUCUUGAUGACCUCGCUUUGUUGGAGGGAAGAUGUAGCAUGGUUGAGCAGCAAAUGCCCGUCUCCUGCUCGUUUGAGAGUUUUUGUGGACGAUGGGACAUCGGUGAAGGCUGGGAGUUAUCAAGCAGUAAAAGUGCGAUUCCGCCACGUCCAAAUAAAAGUAGGUAUCUAUUCUUAAAGAGAAGGGCAUCUUCUCCCAGUUUGCUCCUCUCCCCAGUCCUCCCGGCCGGCAAGUGGCGCUGUCUAAGGUUCUGGUACUACAUUGGGCUCGGCAACACCGCCGAACUCCGCAUACGCAUGAGGCGUGAGGCUAAUGGGACCGAUGUCCAGCUUAGCACUACUAGUCGACGAACCAAGGAAUGGACUUAUGUGCAGUUAUCGAUGGAAAAGAUGGCACACACAAUACAGGUCACAUUUGAAGCGUUCUCAACCGGUCCAGCGCUAGCAUUAGAUGACGUGUCAUUCCUAGAGACACAGUGUGAAGACAUGCCUUGGACACCUUAUGCGGAAUUUUUACCCCCUCCGCGUUCGAAAUGCAGCGAUAGUCUUGGAAUGCAGGACUUCAAAAUCCCCGACUCAGCAAUAACAGCCUCUACAAACACAGAAUCCGCGCGUUAUGGCCGAUUGCACUUCAUGCUAGCGUGGAUGUUCGCAUUACAAGGAAAUGCGACCGGCAAAGAAGUAAAGAAGAUGAAGGCUGUGCGACUAUGGACACCACCCUCCAAGAAGAAGGUCAAGGGCAAAGGCAAGAAGCUCCCUACAACCUGCGUAAACGUAAGCGUCCCAGUUCCCCCACUCAUAAAAGAAGAUGGGGAGGAGGAGGAGGAUGUGGAGGAGGAAGAGGAGGAGGAGAUGCCAGAUGUAGUGGAAGUGACACCGAUGGCGAAGAAGCCGAAAAAGUAG